GCGAUCCCUCCAUUGGCUUCCGGUAGCUGCACACAUCAGAUUCAAAACUCUGAUGCUGGCCUACAAAGCCAAAAAUGGAUCAGCUCCCUCUUACCUCAAAGCCCUCAUCACUCCUCGCACUGCACCCCGCACCCUCCGAUCUACCAGCACUGCUCGACUGGUUCCACCAUCUCUCAGGGUAAGAGGCAAGUAUACUACAAGACUCUUCUCUGUUCUGGCACCAAGGUGGUGGAAUGAACUUCCCCUAGAGGUCCGCUGAGUCACUGGAUAUUUUCAAGCGGCGGUUGAAGACCUACUUAUUCAGGAAACACUUCAACUAGCACUUCUUUCCUUAUCUUUUACAUUUAAAAAAAAUUGCAUUUGUAACUUUGAACAAAUGUUUUAAACUCAUGGCAUCUUAAGUAUGUAACCUAGUGAGCCAGCAUUAAUGUAUCCAAUGUUAGAGAUUUGAGCAUGUACGUUGCUCUGGAUAAGAGUCUGUCACAUGCUGUAAAUGUAAAUGCUGCAGAAUAAAUGUAUUCAGUCAGACGCCUCUCUGAUCGUAUGACAUGAUGGAUAAGUAUCUGUCUGUAUUUCACAGCAUUGAGGGCUCCUUUAUUCCAGAGCAGAAAUGCAGCCUCAAACCUGCAAAAAACCUCCAGCAUGCUUCACUGUUGCCUGCAGACACUCAUUACUGUGCUGCUCUUCAGCCCUUUGUCCUGUCCACAGUCAAGUAGCUUAGCAUUGUUUUCAUGUCGGAGGCCUUUUGUUUUGGCCAUAGUUCUGAGCAGAUUUCUGCAGACAGUAGAUGGGUGUAUCUGGGUCUCACUGCUUUCCUCCAGUUCUGUGCUGAAGGCACUGCUGUACAUAUUCUGAUGUAAGCAUGAUGCGUAUGACUUAUGACAUAAAACUGUCUCCACAACCUCACCUUAGUAACACAGUCUGGCUUCUUACCCACUGUGAAGCUCCUACACAGAUGUUUGUUUCAGUUAAUGACUGGGUUUAAACCUACAUAUGAAACUGAUGAUCAUCAGCACCUGCAUGGUAUCAUUGGUUAAUCACACACCUGACACCGAUCUCACCGUCACACCAAACAUCGAUUUUUCUUCUUCUGUUUGCUCACUUUCCAAGUUGUUACAAAACUGAAAAAAAAAUUUUUAAAGCAUUUCUUCAGACCUGCCUAAAACGUUUGUGUGUGUGUGUUAGUUUGAUUCAGUAGUUUUUGUUACUUGUUUAUUGAUUAAAGUGUAAAAAGCUUCAGUGACACUCAGACACACACCUCUACAAUAGAGAGAAGAUAAACAGUAGAUCUCUUUAGUACACUUUAUUAUGUGUCUAUCAGACUUGGCUUUUAUCAGACAGCCACUUAAAUCUAAAAAGUAGAUUAGUUAUCUGGUGUUUAAUUUGCAUCACUUUUUGUCUGUUAAUAGUUUUUCAUUGCUGAAUCACUUUAGCUAUGACUUUAGCUAUCACUUCUUCCUGUUGUUCUUUUCAUGUUACUGCCCAAUCAUGCAGACUGUGAGGUCUGUAAAUCUUCCUUCUUCAACAAGUGUGAGGUUCACGGUCCAGCGCUCUUCAUCCCUGAUACUCCUGUUCCCAUGGGGGUCACUGACCGAGCCAGACAAACUCUUCCUCCUGGACUAGAGAUUCGAAAAUCUGCUAUUCCUGACGCAGGUCUGGGAGUGUUUAAUAAUGGGGAGACUGUUCCAGUUGGUGCACACUUUGGGCCGUACCAGGGUGAGCUGGUGGACCGAGAGGACGCCAUGAACAGCUGCUACUCCUGGGUGAUCUACAGGAGCAGGGAGUGUGAAGAGUAUUUAGAUUCUAAGAAAGAGAGGUUUGCUAAUUGGAUGAGAUAUGUGAAUUGUUCAUACAACGAUGAAGAACAGAAUCUGGUGGCGUUUCAGUAUCGAGGGCAGAUUCUGUACCGUUGUUGUCGACCCAUCAGCCCAGGAGAGGAGCUGUUAAUGUGGUAUGAAAAGGAAUAUCCCAAAGAUAAAGACCCGUCAUUUCAGCACCUCUGGAACAAAAAGUGCUCUUCAAAUGAUGUGCACAGUUCACCGUUACAAGUCGUCUCCUGCUCCUUAUGUUCACUUUCCUAUACAUCUCAAAUUUAUCUCGACAAGCACAUGAGGAGAUGCCACUACGAUGAUUAUGUGAGACUUAAUAAAUCAAGAGAGAUUAAAAAUGAAACUCCGAAGCCUGUAAAGUGUUCAGUUACUCAGCAAACAUCUGGGACGAUCAGUUCCAACAAAAGUCACAACGUUAUGAAAAAAGAUAUUCACCACUGCUCCGAGUGUGGAAAGAGUUUUACUCAUCCGAGUUCUCUCCAGCGACACCAGCGUAUUCACACAGGGGAAAGGCCUUAUCACUGUACAGAGUGUGGGAAGAGUUUUACUGAACACAGUGCGCUCCAACUGCACCAUCGCAUUCACACCGGAGAGAGGCCUUAUCACUGCUCCGAGUGUGGGAAGAGUUUUAUUCACCCGAGUAAUCUUCGUAAACAUCAGCGUAUUCACACAGGAGAGAAGCCAUAUUACUGUUCUCAGUGUGGAAAGAGUUUUACUCAGCAGAGUAAUCUCCAGCAACACCAACACAUUCACACCGGGGAGAAGCCGUAUCAGUGCGCACAGUGUGAGAAGAGCUUUAAUCGGCAGAGUCAUCUCAAACUACACCAAAGCAUUCAUACAGGAGAGAAGCCAUAUCACUGCUUCUGUGGGAAGAGUUAUAAUCACCGUUCUGGUCUUCACAAACACCAGCACAUUCACACAUGACAGAAGCCAUAUGGAUAAAGUUUUGAUGGACAGGAACUCCACCGGAACUCCAAAAACAGCAGUGCAUUGACACUGGGAUAAAGACAUAUCACUGCUCAUAGCAUGUCACCUCUUCUGCCUAUUUGUCUUAGAAGGUCAAGUGCAUACUGCAGUGGUGAGGACAAACUCCCUGAGAUGAAAUGAGGAAGAAACCUUGAGAAGAACCAGAACCUCAUCCUCAUUUGGGUGACACUGCACAGGAAAUGAUGCAAAUGUAAAUAAUGUCCUUUCUAUGACAGUUUAUAGUUGUUCAACCGAGAUCCUGAGGAACUGAUUUAGUCAUUUGUGACACCACGUCCGGUGUGUGACUGUCUUUGUAAUAUCUUUUCUACAAGAAUUGUGUAUUGUGAAUAGUGUGACCAAAAGCUACUAACAGGUCCGAGUCCAUUUCAGUUCAUUAAAAACCCAAGACUAA